UAGUCUUAUUUCACGUGUAAAAAAAAAAUCUUCUACAUUUACAAAUGGAAAACAGUAGCGUGAAUAUGGUUAUGUUGAUAUGACGACAAUACGAAGUAUUUGCAUCAUUGUUUAUAAUUAUGAAUAUACAAUUAAAGAGUUUUAAUUUAUAAUAAUGCAAGAUUAUUAUAUAUAUAUCUUUUGGUGAUAUAAGUAUUGGAAGUAUUAGUUUAUUAUUACUUUUUUUAAGACAGAAACAAAAAAUAUUUCAAAUAAACAUGGGCAGUGAUACACAAAUAGCAAAUAUAGUAAACGACAUUUUAAAAGUGGAAGCCAUAGAGGAAGCAUUCAGUUGCGUACUUGUACAUAAUCCUAACAAUGAAAAAGAAAAAAUAUCGACAUGGCAAUCAGAAUUAACAACUGCAAUGACUGAUCUGACGGUCGAACAACAAGAAAAUGCAAUACGUCAGUUUCUCACAACGGCAGCCGCUAUGACAAAUCACAGACGUUUGCAAUUAUUAUUAUCGUUACUUGAGAAUUUGGUUUCGACAAAUGUUCUACCAGCGAGAUUAGUAUGCGAAUGUAUUCUAAACUGUGAUAAAUUACAAUAUCAAUUAGAAGAUUUUUGGGUAGAAUGUUUCCUUCUUAUUCGACAUAUUAUUGGAGGAGUAGAUUACAAAGGGGUCAGAGAAAUAAUGAAAGGUUGUAUAGAAAAAGCUCAAACAAUACCUGCAAGAUUAAAUGCAUCUAUUCAGCCACAAUUAAAAGCAUUAGAAAAUGUUAUUGAAUAUAUUUUUGAUAGAAAUGCCUGUUUGUUACCAGGAUAUUUCAUUGUUAAUGAAAUUCAAAAGGCUUAUCCAGAUCAUAAAAAUUGGCCACAUUGGAAAUUAGCGAAAUUAUUAUCAAAUUUUGUGGAAAGUUUUCGAACUACAGCACAAAUGGUUUCCAUUGUGGGACAUUCAAAAAUGUUACCUGUCGUAGAACAUACAGGUUAUGCCGAUCAUUUAAUAAAUCCUUGGUUAUUAGAUCCUACUACAUUAAAGUUUUCAUUGAAAGGAAAUCUUCCAUAUGAUCAAGAUUUACUAAAACCCCAAACCGAGUUAUUAAGAUACGUUUUAGAGCAACCUUAUAGUAGAGACAUGGUAUGCUCAAUGCUUGGUCUUCAGAAACAACAUAAGCAAAGAUGUAUAGUACUGGAAGAGCAAUUAGUAGAACUUGUUAUUUUGGCUAUGGAAAGAUCUGAAAAUGAUCCUUUACCAGCUGAAGGAACAGAUGGGACUGUCGCUAAUCAUUGGGUGUGGUUACACCUUUCGUCUCAAUUGAUUUAUUUUGUACUAUUCCAAUUUGCAUCUUUUCCAAGUCUCGUAAUGGCGAUACAUGAUAAAUUGGCUGGUAGAGAAUUAAGAAAAGGAAGAGAUCACUUAAUGUGGGUUUUAUUACAAUUUAUUUCUGGAAGUAUUCAACGAAAUCCGCUUUCAAAUUUUUUACCUGUAUUGAAAUUAUACGAUCUACUGUAUCCAGAGAAAGAACCUUUACCCCUACCAGAUUGUACCCAGGCACUUUGUACGCAUCAAAUGGCUAUUAUAUGUAUAUGGAUGCAUUUACUUAAAAAGGCUCAAAUUGAACAUUCAAAUAUUCACAGACCUAUUCCGCAUACAUUAAAAAUUCAUCAUGAAUUUUUGCAGCAUUUAGUUAUGCCAAACACAUCUCUUUGUAUGGGUUUAGAUUAUCGCAUUGCUUUAUUAUGCAACGCAUAUUCAACAAAUCAAGAAUAUUUUAGUAGACCAAUGGCAGCACUAGUUGAUACUAUAUUAGGCAAUCCAAAGGGUCAACAGCAACAGCCUUUACAAACAUUACAAAAUAAUGCAGCUUUGGCAAGUGGUCCAACUACACCACUUUCAAUGUCAAUAUUAGAUUCAUUGACUGUACAUUCUAAGAUGAGUUUGAUUCAUAGUAUUGUCACUCAUGUCAUCAAAUUAGCACAAUCAAAAAGUAAUAUGGCCUUGGCACCAGCACUGGUUGAGACUUAUAGUAGAUUAUUGGUUUACACAGAAAUUGAAAGUCUUGGUAUAAAAGGUUUUAUAAGUCAAUUAUUACCAACAGUAUUUAAGUCUCAUGCAUGGGGAACAUUAUAUACAUUAUUGGAAAUGUUCAGUUAUAGAAUGCACCAUAUACAACCACAUUAUAGAGUUCAACUUUUAUCUCAUCUUCAUAGUCUUGCUGCUGUUCCACAAACUAAUCAAACGCAGCUUCAUCUUUGCGUUGAAAGUACGGCUCUUCGUUUAAUUACCGGCUUAGGUUCGGCAGAAGUACAACCGCAAUUGUCUAGAUUUUUAUCGGAGCCUAAAACACUUGUAUCUGCGGAAUCCGAAGAGCUUAAUAGAGCUUUGGUUCUAACUUUAGCACGAUCCAUGCAUGUAACAGGUACUGGAGCAGAAAGUCUUAGUGGUACUUGGUGUAAAGAAUUAUUGAAUACUAUCAUGCAAAAUACACCUCAUUCAUGGGCUAAUCAUACUUUACAAUGUUUUCCACCUGUAUUGAGUGAAUUUUUUCAACAAAAUAGCGUCGCCAAAGAAAAUAAACAACAAAUAAAGAAAGCCGUAGAAGAGGAAUAUAGAAAUUGGGCAUCUAUGAGCAAUGAAAAUGAUAUAAUAGCUCAUUUUUCUGUACCUGGCACACCUCCUUUAUUUUUAUGCCUUUUAUGGAAGAUGAUACUCGAGACUGAUCGCAUUAGUCCAAUCGCAUAUAAGAUAUUAGAAAGAAUAGGAGCAAGAGCAUUAUCAGCUCAUCUUCGAAAGUUUUGUGAUUAUUUAGUAUUUGAAUUUGCCAAUAGUGUUGGUGGACAGCAUGUUAAUAAAUGUGUCGAUACAAUCAAUGACAUGAUAUGGAAAUAUAAUAUAGUGACAAUAGAUAGAUUAGUUCUUUGUUUGGCUUUACGAACUCAAGAAGGUAGCGAAGCACAAGUAUGCUUUUUUAUUAUUCAAUUAUUAUUACUUAAAGCAGCUGAAUUUAGAAAUAGGGUUCAAGAAUUUGUUAAAGAAAAUUCACCUGAACAUUGGAAACAAUCAAAUUGGCACGAAAAACAUUUAGCCUUUCAUAGAAAAUUUCCAGAAAAGUUUGCUCCAGAAGGUAUAAUGGAACAAGCUAGCGGUGGACCUAGUCAAUAUCAAAGUUUACCUGUAUACUUUGGAAAUGUUUGUUUAAGAUUUUUACCUGUGUUUGAUAUAGUUGUACAUAGGUAUUUGGAGAUACCACCUGUAACAAAAAGUUUGGAAAUAUUAUUAGAACAUUUAGGUUGUUUAUAUAAAUUUCAUGAUCGACCUGUGACAUAUUUGUAUAAUACAUUACAUUAUUAUGAACGUAAAUUAAGAGAUCGACCGCCUUUAAAAAGACGUUUAGUUUCUGCUGUUCUUGGAUCAUUAAGAGAAAUUAGAGCACCAGGAUGGGCAUUAUCUGAAGCUUAUCAAAUGUAUAUGGCACGAUCUGCCGAUGAUGCUAUUACUUGGGUACCAGAAUUGGAUUAUUAUAUUAGACUUGUACAAAGAAUUGUAGAAACAAUGUCAGGUACAGCCCAUUUCCCAGCCACCGAUUGGAGAUUUAAUGAAUUUCCUAAUCCAGCAGCACACGCAUUAUAUGUUACAUGCGUAGAAUUAAUGGCUGUUCCUGUAGCACCAAAUUUAGUUGCAAAUUCAUUACUCGAUGUUGUCGCUAAAGGGUAUACCGUAGUACCAUCCAAUGAAAUACAUUUAUGGAUAAAUUGUGUUGGAUUGCUUUUAGCUGCUUUACCGGAAUGCUAUUGGUCUACAUUACAUGAUAGACUUGUAGAAAUUAUAAGUAGUCCAGGUUUAGCAAAUUGGCAGUAUAAUAAUUUAACACCAUUUCAGAUGUUUAAUUUCAAUAUCACGCAUAAUAGUUUACUUGAAAAUAAAUACAGUUAUAUGCUUGCAUUGGCACAUUCAAUUUGGCAUCACGCUGGAGCUGGUCAAAUUACAACGAUGCCGCAAUUCAUUAAAGAAAAACUUCAACCUGUGGUAAAUAGCGAAGAACAAUUAAUAUACGCUUGCCAUUUAAUUGGACCUACUUUAGCGAGAUUUAAUGCUGAGAGACCACGUUGUAUAGUUGAUCUGGCAGUUAGUUUAUACGAAAUGCUAGAACAAGUGGAUCGUACGCAAACACAUUUGAAAUAUAUGGAUCCAGUUUGUGACUUGUUAUAUCACAUAAAAUAUAUGUUCGUUGGAGAUAUGAUGAAAAAUGAGGUCGAAUGUAUUAUUCGUAGAUUGAGACCUGCUUUACAAAUGAGAUUGAGAUUUAUUGCUCAUUUGAAUAUAGAAGAAAUUCAUUCUACGUAGAUUAAUUUAUAUUGGAAUAAUACAUUAGAUAAUAUUGCCACGACGUUUCUAUCUUUGUAUAUGUAAAUAUAUAUUUUAUACAUAUAUAUAUAAGUAUUGAAGGGACUCAGAGAAGAUAUAAUUAAUCAAUUAAUUAAUUCUGCUCUCGAAUAAUUAGGAGGUCUUAUCUCGCUAUUAAUUUAAAAAAAAAAAAAAAAAAAGAAAAAAAGGAAAGAAAAAAGGACUGUUGAGAUUAAGGGCCUAUUAUUUUU